CGUCAGCCAGAGGCAUGGGCACAUGGCUGCUGAAGGUGGCUGAGCACGCCAAAGAGCCCGGGCGCCUCCACGGGGCUUCCUGACGGGCUGGCUCACAGUGCAUUAAUUGGAGAGGGCUGAAGGGAUACUUGGUGAAGCAUGGUGGCGCAUGAUGAGAUUGGAGGCCUCCUACCCAUUAAAAGGACUAUCCGGGUCCUAGAUGUUAACAACCAGUCCUUCAGAGAACAAGAGGAACCAAGCAAUAAAAGAGUUCGACCUCUAGCUCGGGUCACAUCCUUGGCAAACUUAAUCUCUCCUGUAAGAAAUGGAGCUGUCAGACGUUUUGGUCAAACAAUACAGUCAUUUACCCUCCGUGGUGACCACCGAUCCCCAGCCUCUGCCCAGAAGUCAUUUAGCAGGUCUACAGUCCCAACACCUACCAAGAGAAGAAGCAGUACACUGUGGUCAGAGAUGUUAGACAUCACUAUGAAGGAGUCUUUAACCACCAGAGAAAUCAAGCGUCAGGAGGCAAUAUAUGAAAUGUCUCGAGGUGAACAGGAUUUAAUUGAGGAUCUCAAGCUUGCAAGAAAGGCCUACCAUGACCCCAUGUUAAAGUUGUCUAUCAUGUCAGAAGAGGAACUCACACACAUAUUUGGUGAUUUGGAUGCUUACAUCCCUCUGCAUGAAGAUUUGUUGGCAAGAAUAGGAGAAGCAACCAAGCCUGAUGGAACAGUGGAGCAGAUUGGGCACAUUCUUGUGAAUUGGUUACCAGGUUUGAAUGCCUACAAAGGCUACUGUAGUAACCAGCUGGCAGCCAAAGCUCUUCUCGAUCAAAAGAAACAAGAUCCAAGAGUCCAAGACUUCCUCCAGCGAUGUCUCGAGUCUCCCUUCAGUCGAAAACUAGAUCUUUGGAGUUUCCUAGAUAUCCCUCGAAGUCGCCUAGUCAAGUACCCUUUACUAUUAAAAGAAAUUCUUAAACACACUCCAAAAGAUCACCCUGAUGUUCAGCUUCUGGAGGAAGCAGUAUUGAUAAUACAAGGAGUUCUUGCUGAUAUCAACUUGAAGAAAGGCGAAUCUGAGUGCCAGUAUUACAUUGACAAACUGGAGUAUCUGGACGAGACAAAGGAUCCUAGAAUUGAAGCAAGUAAAGUGCUAUUGUGCCACGGAGAACUGAAGAAUAAAAAUGGGCAUAAACUUUACAUUUUCCUGUUUCAAGACAUCUUGGUUUUGACCCGGCCUGUUACGCGAAAUGAGCGUCACUCUUACCAGGUUUACCGGCAGCCAAUCCCAGUCCAGGAGCUGGUGCUAGAAGACCUGCAGGAUGGGGAUGUGCGCAUGGGAGGUUCCUUUCGAGGGGCUUUUGGCAACUCUGAUAAAGCUAAAAAUAUCUUUAGAGUCCGCUUCCAAGACCCCUCUCCAGGCCAGUCUCACACUCUACAAGCCAAUGAUGUGUUCCAUAAGCAGCAGUGGUUCAAUUGUAUCCGAACCGCCAUUGCCCCUUUCCAGCAGGCCUCCAGUUCAACAGAGCUUCAGGGUUUGCCAGAACUCCAUGAAGAGUGUGAAGAGAACAACCCCUCUGUCGGGAACAUCAGAGCCCAGAGAAGGGCGUCCAUAGUUUCCACUGUGAUGCAGGUAGAUGGUGAGGAAAGUACAUCAGAAAGUGGCUCCAGGGUCCAGGCAGCAGAAGACACAAAGAGUGUGAAGGCACACCGAACACAGGGCUUCCGAAGAGCAAGGGACAGAGCCCAGUUAGGUGGCAAACGGAAAGAGACUUUGGUGUAAACGAAACUCUGCGUUAAGUGGUGGAAAGACUGUUUAUUUAUAAAUGUGUACAGUUAUUUCUUGUACCAGGAGCAAGGUAGGCUUACUUUGUACUAGUUGUAACAUUUUCAUGGUUUGGGUUAUCCUUUUUUUCUUUUUUCCCCUUUCUAUUUUUUUUUCUUUUUUCUUUUUUUUUUUAAUGGCAGCUAAAGAU